AUGUUCCCUCCUCCGUCUGGCCCCACCACUUCCCUCUACUCCUCUCUUUCUGACUUUAACGCCACCAAGUACCUACAACAUUUCAGCCACUGCCACCUCUUCUCAGAUACCAUAACAUCACAUAGCAGGACAGAUAUCACGCUUGUCUUGUAUGAAAAGCUGAAUCUUGUUCCUCGUUGCACCCUCAUGAGAUUGAGGAAGCGUAAACGAUGUUUUCCCUCUUGUUCCUCUCUUCGCAAAGUUGACGAGGAUGAGAUUUAUUGGAGACACAGAAAGGAAGAUGAAGAGUUGGAAUGGACACCUAAUUCCACCCACUUAAUAUCUCAGUUGACCCAAUGUUUUACUAAUGCUAUGGUUGGAUCACGAUCAUGGAUAGGAGGACUCUUUCACCGCACAAACACUAAGCGAAAUGACAAAUUCGUUGACUAUUCUUUGAGUCCUGUUGAGGAGGAAAGACUUCAAAGACUUCAAGAACGGCUGCAAGUACCUUAUGAUGAGACUCGCCCCGAUCAUCAAGAAUCACUGAGAGCUCUGUGGAAUUGUUCCUUUCCUAAUGUAUCUCUGGAAGGCCUAAUAUCUGACCAAUGGAAAGAUAUGGGAUGGCAAGGUCCUAAUCCAUCGACUGAUUUUAGGGGAUGUGGCUUCAUUUCCCUUGAAAAUCUACUGUUUUUCGCGAGGAAUUUUCCGGCAUCUUUUCACAGGUUGUUACUGAAGAAAGAUGGAAAGAGAGCAACCUGGGAGUAUCCAUUUGCUGUUGCUGGCAUUAAUAUAUCACAUAUGUUGAUACAGAUGUUGGAUUUAUGCUCAGAAAAGCCACGAUGUCUUCCAGGCAUGAAUUUUGUCAAGUUAUUAGGAGAAAAUGAAGAAGCAUUCGAUGUUCUAUACUGUAUAGCGUUUGAGAUGGUGGAUGCACAAUGGCUGGCUAUGCAUGCUUCCUACAUGGACUUUAACGAUGUUCUACAAGCAACACGAAAUCAAUUGGAGAGAGAGCUAUCCUUAGAAGACAUCAACAAAAUUGAAGAUCUGCCUGCUUACAAUCUGAUGUAA